AUGACGCAAUGUGAGGUCCUCGAGUUACACACAAAGGCUACUAAUUUUGUGUCAAGUCGUCAGCCUUGUUUUUCAAACAUCUCUCAUUUCUACCGCAAUAAAUCAUUCGUGUACUUUAACAAUAUUAUCAAUUCAGGUGGUAUAAUGUACAAAUACGGCAAGAACUGGGGAGGGGAUCAGGCCUCGACACUCAACAGACAAAUAGAAGGUCUGUUCUUUAGUACAAAUGUAGACCCGGAUACCCUUUUACCUCCGCGCCUUUCUUACUUCGGGCCAGUAAGGCUACACGUUCCCACAUACGCACUUCUAAAUGACGCCACCAAUAUGUACUUCUCUGACUUCUACUGUCAUCGUGUGAAUCACAAGGUCCAAAUCGUCCUGGCGGUCAAGGACAGCCAAGCCGACCGCUUCUGUAGGAAACAACUGGUCUUGAUCGACGAGAGAAACAAUCCAUUUCUCGUGAGAGUUGGAUACGGACCAAACGAGAUUGUCAAGGUAACAGCGAACGUUACUGUGGAAUUGUUCUACACCGAGGACGUUCCAAUCACGGCCUUGAUGUGUAACCACGAAGUGUAUUUUACAGAAACAAAACAGAAGGGGAACGCUUUAGCCAUGGUGAACGGCAUUCCGAAGAAUAAAGACUGUAGAAUAUGUAAUUUGGACAGUUUUCUUCGUGCUCAUCAGCUGUUGUGAUACUAUUACAUGUUUGUUGACGCUAUUUGGAUAUUCUCACCAUCAGUUUUGAUGAAGAUCAUUUGGAGGGAUACAUGCAUUAUUUUGUCCCUAGGCAUCACAGAAGAGUAACACAAGGCUAAGCAGUUGUAAAAAACAGCUUGUGUGUACUGUUUUCUGUAACAUGGCUUUUUUGUUUUUAUAAAAUGUGUGAAUUAGACAAGGAAUGUAUUGCCUAGUUUAAUCUAAAAAGUAUGAAGCGGAACGUAAGAAAUACACUUCAGAACAAUUUUGAAUUACAAUUGUAUAUCAAUAGCUAAAAGAACGUACGGCUCUCUUCAGUUGUGUUCCAAGUAUUUGCCGUGCACAGAUGUGUAUAAGGAAAGACUGUUCAUAAUUUAUAAAGUUUGUUUUGCAAGUAAUCGAGGUAGAUAUGGUUAGAAUAUAGUCUAUUUUCAAUGUUUUGUACAGCUUUAUCAAGUGGCAGAGUAGACUUGUCAGCUGGUCCUAGGGCAGACAUAUUUUGGAUCAGUGGGAUGUUUAAACAAGGCAUCCAGACAGGCUAGAUGAGUUAAGUCCCUCGUUAGGCACAAACGAAGUCCUUAUGCUAACACCGUCGGUAACUGUCAUUGAGGAUAUUCCUAACUGCAAAAUGAAAUAGGAAUUUGAAUUUGAAAAACAAUUCAAUUCGGAAUUGAUCUGGAAAAAUAUAAGAAAUACUACCACCACAACGCAAAUGAAAGAGUUACAAUGGAAAUGUGUCCACAAGAUAAUAUAUACAGAAUAAAAAAAAAUUACCUUUGGUAAUUCAAACAGAUAUGCCUCUUUUGCAAAACGCAAAUCGAAGGCGUUUUAUACCUUUUAUAUGAGUGCAAUAUUGUUAAAGAUAUUCUUUACAUGUGUUCAUUAUAGAUACUAGAAAAUAUUCAAAGAUUUAGAGAAGAAAUUUACACACUAGAAACCAUGAUUCUAGGAUAUCAAGGGAUUUAUAAUCUGGCUGUUCUUCUCAAUACAGCACUACUCUCAUGUAAAUGCUCUAUUUUGAAAUGAUAUAAA